CGUCUCUGGAGGAAGUGCCUGCGCAGUCUCCCAUCAAACACUGACAUUGUCGCUGCACUACGGUCUCUGCUGGACCUUGUGCUACGUACCUUCCGCUUCCCAGGCGGCUGCAUAUUAGAAGCCUAGAGGCAGACUCACAAACCCUCUCCUCCAGCUCUCAGAUGUGGUCUUUGUUGGGCUGGUCUCGUGCUUGUCAAGAUGGCACAACCAAAGCUGCCAGAAGGCGUCUUCUCUUUCCUGGAUACCGACCUUUACAAGCUGACGAUGCAAUGUGCGAUCCUCAAGUACUUUCCUUCGGUCGAUGUCGAAUAUAAAUUCACGAAUCGCACUCCGCAGAUGCGAUUGGAUCUAGAAGCCGUCGCCUGGCUGCGAGAACAGAUUGCGAAGUUGGGGAAUAUCACACUCGAACAGCAAGAGUUGCAAUUUCUCAGAAAGCACUGUCCAUACCUGACCGCCGACUACUUGGAGUACCUACAGAAGUUUCAACUCCGACCCAAUGAGCAAGUACAUCUCGAAUUCAAGCCAGUCGAUGGACCGUACGGAGACCUCCACAUUACCGUCUCGGGCUUGUGGGUCGAGACAAUCCUCUAUGAAAUCCCCCUCCUUGCCCUGACGAGUCAAGCAUACUUCAAGUUCAUUGAUAGGGACUGGGAUUACGACGGACAAGAGGAGCAGGCAUACGAGAAAGGAGUGCGGCUAUUCAGCGCAGGCUGCGUUGUUUCGGAAUUCGGCUCUCGGAGGAGACGCGAUUUCCACUCCCAAGAUCUCGUGAUCAAAGGUCUAGUAAGAGCUUCACACGAGAAAGACCUGCCUGGAAAGCUGUCGGGCACGAGCAAUGUGUACUUUGCGAUGAAGUACAGCAUCCCACCGGUUGGGACAGUGGCACACGAGUGGUACAUGGGCAUCGCCGCCCUUACGGGUGACUACGAACAUGCUAAUGAAAAUGGCCUCCGAUAUUGGCUGGACUGCUUUGGCAAGGGAGUUCUAGGCAUUGCACUCACAGAUACGUUCGGCACGCCCGAUUUCUUCAAGGCGUUCAAGAAACGGAUACCGGCCCGGACGUCGGCCUCGCGCGACAAUUCGACCGGGUACACCGACGAAAGCCAUCCGGCGACCGAUCAGCCUUCCUACGCUGAAGUUUUUGCAGGCAUCAGACAGGACUCUGGAGAUCCCAAAGAAUAUAUCAAGAACGCUGAUGCCUUCUACAAGUCAAUAGGGGUGGCCAACAAGAGUAUUGUGUUCUCAGACGCACUCAACGUGGAAAAAUGCAUCGAAUACCGAGCAUUGGCAGAAGCCAGCGGGUUCAAGCCUUCCUUUGGGGUAGGCACAUUCUUCACCAACGACUAUAAGCACAAGUCGAACCCUGAAACCAAAUCCAAACCAAUGAAUAUCGUCAUCAAGUUGUCCAAGGCGGGCGGCAGACCGGCAAUCAAGUUAUCCGACAAUAUUGGCAAGAACACAGGUGAUGAGGAGACGGUAAUAGAUGUCAAACGUCGUCUUGGUUACACGGAGAAGGAAUGGAGGGGGGGUGAUGAAUCAAAGAGGUGGUGACGGGUUGGACCUAGCCAAUGCUCAUGGCUUUAAUGUCGCAGCCUUGCACCCCCUGGGAGACUGUGGAUCUGACGGAGCGAGGCUCUAGCACCAUUGUGGGGGUCGUGGCGGAGAGCUUGUCACUGAUCGGUCGCCAUUGGGGCCGUCAAAAUCUCUUUCGAGAUGUGAUUUUCGCUCCAGGCAGCUGGGAUUCAAAGGUCGGUGCCUACGAGUAUCUCACGCCACAACGGAUCACGGGGGGCGAUGUGAGAUUUACUCCGACUCCUCGAUAGUGGCUGCGGCGAAAAAGCCACGAGUAUGCCUCAAUGGCGACAACCACAAUCACCACAAAACCUAUAGCAUUGUCCGACAUGGGCAAGAAUUUUCAGGCAAUUGCUGAAACAGUUUCUGAUGUGACUAUCCCCACGCCAGCGAUCCGUCUCUUUUUUCGGAGCCUGAGGCGUUAUUGGCAACACUGGU